AGUUGCUUAGUUGGGACAUCCCUCCUGGAAUAAGCUCUUUCCAUGCCCAAUGAGGCCAAUUUGAUUUGAAAUAAUCAUAAUGCCUACAAACAUCACUGAAGUCAACAAUCAACCGCAAAAAUCGGCAGACAAAACUGAGUUGGCAUGUUGACAAUGGGGCCAUUGACUUUCCUGGAUUGGAUUGAGUUUACUGGAAACGCUUCAUUGUCAACGUCGACGGAAUACUUCUUUUGAAUCCUGCUCAAAGGGUUUGUUAUCCUGCUUUCUUUUGAUGGUUAAUUCAUAAAAUUUACUGCGUUAAGCAUUGGAGAUUCUUCUUCUUAGUUGACUCCCAAUGGCAUGUCUAUCAAAUUAGAGCGUACAGCCGAUAUUCUUCGGCAAGUUGAUGGUUUUCCACCAUAAAUAAUUCAAAGCGCCCCAUGAUUAAUGCAGCUAUCGGGGUGACUAAAACAGUUCUGUCAACUCUCAUCAAGGAAGAUUAUUUCCCCCAGCCCUAUAAAUACUAGUGGUAGUAGUUUUAUAUUUCAUAGUAAGACAGCUUUUUGUUCAGGCAUCAGGAUAAAGGUAGUUGCCUACUUGCAUCCAUGUCGAUCUCUGGAAUCCAAGGCCUGCCUUUCGAGGUUACAGUUGUUGGAUGUUACAACCUGGAGGACAAGGAAUGGAUAUCAAGACAGGAUCCUUAUGUCUGUCUGGAAUAUGGAAGUGCCAAGUACAGAACCAAAACCUGCACAGAUGGAGGGAAGAAUCCUACCUUCCAAGAGAAGUUCAUUUUCACACUUAUUGAAGGCCUCAGGGAGUUGCAUGUAAUGGUUUGGAACAGCAACACUCUCGUUGCUGAUGAUCUUAUUGGCAGUGGAAGUUGUUCUAGCUUAUGUUACAGGAUUCAACUCCACAAAGUCCUUACCCAAGGUUUUGACGAUUGCACCUGGCCACUGCAAAGCAAAUCUGGCAGACAUUCAGGAGAGGUAAGACUCAUAUUGCACUACCCUAAUGCAAUGCAACCGCAAAAAUUCAAGACAAAAUUAGCUUCCUCAGUUCCAGAAUAUGCACCAUCUGCCCCCUUCAACCCGGUCUCACCAUAUGGUCACCCACCAGCGGCACCCCCAGCUGCUUACCCGACUCCGAUGCCAUAUGCAGCUCCAUCUCAUUACAAGUCAUAUCCUACUAGUACAGCAACAUAUCCGCCGUCUCCAUACGCUGCCUAUCCUCCACAGGCCCCUGCUGCAGGUUACCCUCCACAUGUCCCUCCUGCUGGUUAUCCUCCACAAACAUACCCACCUCCCCCUCAUGCCUCAACCUAUUAUCCACCAGCACCAACCGGAAUCUAUCCUCCACCACCCUAUUGAGCUCGUUUGCAAUGUCAUACAAGCAGAGAAAAUACUACAUCAACAGAAGCUAAAAGAAUUCAUGCUUUGAGCCACAAUGGCUUCGUAUUUUGUAACUAUUCUGAUCUAUGCAGAAAAUUUCACUGCAUUGGAAGAAUAUAUUUCCCUUUUUUUACUCUUUAUUUCAAGCAUUCCUGUAUGUUUUUAUUAAACAAUGGUUUCUUGUAAUAAAAAAGUGGUUUUUCUCUCAAGUUGGUGGUAUUUGUA